GAUUUGGUAACUCCGCUAGAGUUUCAGUCCCGAGAAAAAUACUUUAUUUUUCCUAGGAAAGCUGGUGAAAAACACGUUUGAGGGCCGUAGGCGUACAACUUUUCAGGGUGGUAGUAGGGACAAGCAUUUAAAGCAGGAAAACGCAUAGGCACCGCAAGUUAACGAGAAAGAAUCUCUAGCUGUUUUGUAUAGUAAAUCUCGGUGGCCGAUUUUUAUUUUACAGGCUUUAAUAGCAUAGUUUACUACCCAUUGGAAAAAUAUUCUCUGUUAUGUCGAUUUGCUUGAAAAAUAAAAAUGAAAAUACUGAAUAAAAGUAUGGAAUUAAGGGUAACAGGGAAAAAUAUAGUUUUUCCAAUUAAUGUAACAUUUCAAGCAGAAAAUCCAACAAGAUUUUAGCAUGUGUGUUUUGAGCUUUGAAUUGUGUUUUUAUUACCCGUUUUGGUUUUCUUCCCCAAAAGUACGCUCUUUCUUAAUGUUACAAAUCCUAUUAACAUAUUGGUGUUAUAAACUUGCUGGCUUUGGUUUGUUUACCUUUGUGCUUGUAUAGUGCUUUUUAUGUUUUUGUAGUUGGGAACUGUAACUUAGACUACAUAUUUUGAUUUAAAACCGAAUAUUUAAAAUGUUGGAUGAAAUUGGGUUAAACAGAGACGUGUGGCUGGUGGGCAGUUGAAAAAAAAUGCAAGUUGUGUAUAUAUAUUUUUAUAUAUGUAUUUUUAAAUGGGGAUUCGUAUGAUUGAAUAUAAAAGCAAGAUUGGUUGUUUAUUGACUAAGUGAAAAUGUUAUUUCGAUAUUAAAAACCAAUUGGUACAAUGGGAAAUUAAAUAUUCCAGCCUGUAUUUUUUUAUAUAUAUUCCGAAACGUGCCAUUUCAUAAAGGUAGUGGGUCGACAUGUGCUCUAGAUUUAAGGAGAUUCCCGUUUCUUGAAUUAAAAAAAAUAAAAAUUUAUUCCUACGAUGACUUUUAGUAUAAAAUUAGACAUGGUUUCUGAAUGCUCUUGCCCUUCCCUGUCUUGUAUUCCUCCACUUGAGAGGGUAAAAGCAUAUAAGAUAACAACUAACUAGCCUAAGGAGAGCAUAGAAACAGUUGCCUUAUGGUAUUAUAUCAAGUGAAAGAAAGACUCCAAGUAGAGGAAUGAAGUGGGCAUUCUCAAAUAAAGCCUCUACUGUUCCCCAGUUUCUUUCUUUCAGGCCAUCUCAAGAAGACAGGCCCAGAAAGUCAGCUAACGGUCAUUCGGUCCCCUCUGGUCCAUUCGUACCAACAUCAAUCGCCGAUGUACUUGACUCAAACCGGAAGACGUCCUACAGUUCAGUGCAGGAGCUGAGGACGUUCCCAACCUCCAACCAGCAAAACCAAACCAUAACAGUUUCCAUGACUGUCCCUGCUUUUCAGUCUCAUUUCACAUCUGGAGGGAAAAGCUUCAUCAGCAGUACCAUAAACCCUCAACCUCUGGGUGGUGUCCCCAUUAUGGCACCUCCUGUUUCUGUCCUCCCUGCUCCAAGUCCUGUGGUUGGGACUACUGAUAUUAGGUCGUCCUCCAAGCCAUUAGGGUCGCCUGCUCAGUUGACGAUCUUUUAUGCUGGUUCAGUAUGUGUUUAUGAUGAUAUAUCUCCUGAAAAGGCUCAGGCUAUAAUGCUGUUAGCCGGAAAUGGCUCAUCUGUGCCGCAGAAUAAACCUCUUGCAACACCUCAAGCUCAACAGCAGGCACCUCGUUUGCCUACUCCUUUGCCGGCACCUCCACCCCUUGUGCCUGCCUUCUCCUACGUUGGCUCUGAAGCUGUUGUAGGUGAGCUUGGGGCAGCAAAAACAAUGGGAGGCUCGUCAUUCGCAUCCAACAACAACCAAAUCGGUGCCUCUAGAAUGAGCUGCUCAGUGCCCACAAACAUAAUUACAGCAGUGGGUUUGCCCCAGGCCCGGAAAGCAUCCUUGGCUAGGUUUCUGGAGAAACGCAAAGAAAGGGUAACAAGCACAUCGCCGUAUUGCGUGGAGAGGAAGGCAUCGACACCCAUGUCGGAAUGCAUAAGCUCUUCUGUCAGCUCGGCAACAUCAGCUCAUCUGCAUUGAUGAUGGGGUGAACCCUUUAGAGCUCCACAUCUUGUUGGAAUUCUCUCCUGUUUCUGUUACAGAAAGUUUUGGUUACUCUUAUUAGCAUAUAGCUCGCCGCCUAUGUAUGUAUACUUUGGUCUCUCUGGGAUUAUUACUGCUAAAUGUUGUUGUAGUCUUGGAAAUUGGAUAUGCCCUUACUUGUCUGAGCUCUGUAUAUAUCAUAACUCAGCAUUCUGUAAUCUUAUUUCAGGUGUAUAACCUUAUUUAUCAGUUUUGUUCUAUUUGUCAA